AAAUAAUAUAGGUUGAUAUAAGACAAAGCAAUAAGACAGUAAAACACAGCCUAUCGUGAGACUUCAAAACGCUAGAAUGAAUAACAAGCACGCAGGCAGGUAAAAGCAAGUAGCUAUUGCUUGAAUGCGAUUUUGACAUCAUAAUCGCAAAGUUCGUGGGGAAAACAGCAAGCUAUGACGCAAAUACAUAACAGAAAUUCGACAGAAAUGUUAGAUUCGAUGAAACACCGCUCCACGUUUUAAAAUAGAAAAUUUGGUUUUCAGGAGCGUAUCGUUUUAUCUAGUUUUAUAAACGAAAUAGCACAUACAGUAUGAAGGUGAUCGUGGCAGGGUUCAUCAAGACCGGAACCAAAACAAUGGCCGCUGUUCUUGAUAUUCUCGGAUAUUCGGUUUACGAUCUGGAACAUCAUUUCUAUUAUCUGGAAAAAGAUUGGCAGAAGAUCUUGAAAGAAGGCGGAACAAAGGAAGAUUUCCACCGAAUGUACAAAGAUGUUGAUGUUGGAGUCGAUGUCCCGUUCGUAAUAUUUUGGGAAGAAAUAUUGGAAGCGUUCCCGGAUGCUAAGAUAAUAUUUCUUCAACGAACGAGCGAAGAUGUCUGGCAGAAGAGUGUCGAAAAUCAAGUAAAAAUGUUCAACAAAAAUUGGUUGUUCAGAUCUCUUUCUGUUCUAUCCUACACAGGAUACAAAUUCUUUGCUCAUGUAGGCCUCGUCAAUCGCAUAAUGUUCGGCAACCAUACUUUCUUUCCCUGGAAUGUUUUCAAUGGAAUCAGCAGCACUGUUACCAAAAAAAGAUACCGUGAUCACUGCAGUUCAGUUUUGGAGCGAGCUCCGAAAGAUCGUUUACUUAUCUGCGAUCUGCGAGAAGGUUGGGAACCACUCUGUGAAUUUUUGGGCAAAGACGUUCCAGAUACACCUUUUCCACACGAGAACGAAAGAGGAAAGUUGGCAGAAACAUGGAUGAAGCGAAGUCCGAUUUUUAAGAGGAUGCAAAAUGAAAUGAUGAUUAGUUUAAGUGUAAUUGGACUGAUAUUAUGCUACUUAGUCUACUUAUUGUUUGUUGGCUUGUUUUAGUGUAUAAGUAUAUCCAUACUGUCUAUUUUUCAUACUCCGUAUGAUGACUUUAUCUACAUACUUACUUAUGUUGUGCGAUGUCAGAAUGUUACAAGAUGGCAAAUUCCUUAUAAGAGCCGACUGGUUUAUGAUUGUCGACCAUAUAUGAAAGCAAUACAAGGAUUCCACCUAAAUAUUUGCUCAAAUAUCAAAGCUAUAUUAAGAUUUAAAUCUGUGUUUAACACAAAAUAAUAUAAAAUUUAAUUUUAUAGGAUUUUGAUACUAACUGCCUUUGUUAUUAACUUGUAUAUAUUUCAGUUGUUAGGGAUGUUUAAUUAUACUUUAAAUUGAUGGAACAGAUUUUUGCAAAAUUAGCGCGAAGUGUGAUGAAAUUUCAUCGAUUU